CGUGUUCCCGUAUCAGUCUGUGCGCUCGGUGACAACGGAGGCGAGCGCCUGGCUGUACUUUGCUGAGUGUGUGUGUGUUUUUUUUCUUUCAUAACCGAUCUGUUUUAAGUAUAUAUUUUCCCUUUUGAGUCUUCCAUUGGAUUAAGAAUGAGUUUAUCCGGCUCCCAGACCAAAGUUCCCCUCAUGAGCAGGAGAGCCAAUUCCAGGCCCGACCUCUCCAGUGCUAGUUUCUCUUACAGUAGGAGCGAAAUGCACGGCGGCGGUAAUGUAUUUCCCCAGGAGCAAAUGUUACCCAUGGACGGAUCCAGCACCUUCUUCUACAGGAAGAGCACCGUGGGCAGAGGACACGGAGGCUCCAGCCUGCAGUCGGUACACCAGAACGUCCACUUCCUUCAGACUCAGAUUAACGACCACCUGAACAAAGCCGAAAUGCUUUUCCAGUCUGGUGGAGCCAUGGAGGCAGAGAAAUGCCUGACAAUGGCCUCCAUGAAGCUGGAGCAGCUGAGGGACAUCGCCAUGGAUCUGCAUCAGAUGGGCCAGCCCAGUGAUAGCAUCAUGAGGAGUGUGGAUCAGUUCCAGGAGAGGAUGGACUCCACCCGCUUUUUCCAGCAGCGCAGUUCACGGGGCGGGGGCGGGGGCGGUGGCGGGGGAGGGGGUGUCACCUGGGACGACCCGGGGCGAAACUUCCAUGAGGCCUUGGCAUGGAUCGGCCAGCAGAAGCGGCUGAUCGAGACGUCUCCGUGGGGGGAGGACCCGGCCACCAUCGAGCAGCAGAUCAUCAGUCACAAUAAGUUCCACAGCUCCAUCCAGAGGAGCAUCGAGAUGGACCGAGCCCGGGCCGAGCUGGACCAGAAGGGAGACAGGGCACUGAGCAAAGCCCUGGAGCAGGAGUGGGACAGCUUACAGAAAAUGUCCUUCAGCAGGACCAACCAGCUGAGGGACCUGCUGAAGAUCAUCGAGGAGAUCUCCAAGGAGAUCAUGUGGGUGAACGAGCGCGAGGAGGAGGAGCUGGUGUUCGACUGGGGGGACAAGAACAUCGACACCUACAUCCCCAGGAAGCAGGAGAGCUACUCGAAACUGAUGCGUGACCUAGAAGAGAAGGAAAAGCAACUCAAUAAACUUAAUUUGAAAAUCGACAACCUCCUAAAGAAUAAUCACCCAGCCUCUGACAAGAUAGAGGCUUAUAAGGACACCCUGCAGACCCAAUGGAGCUGGCUCCUUCAGAUCACAAAGUGCAUCGACGUGCACCUGAAGGAGAAUGCUGCCUACAGCCAGUUCUUUAAGGAGGCCAAUGAGACCUACAGCAAGCUGCAGAAGGAACAUGAGGUGAUCCGCAAGAAGUUCACCUGCGACAAGGGCACCCCUCUGGAGAAUCUCGUAGAGCUGAUCAAGAACCUGGAGAGGGAGAAGGAGGUGAUUCUGGAGAGCAAGCGGCAGGUGCAGCACCUGGUCAGCAAGUCCAAGAGCAUCGUGAGGCUGAGACCUCGCAACCCGGAGGAGAAGAGCACCAGCCCUGUGAUCGUGAAGGCUCUGUGUGACUUCAAGCAGGAUCAGAAGCAGAUCUGUAAAGGGAACGAGGGCAUUCUGAAGGACAACUCCCAGCGCAGCAAGUGGCAGGUGACAGGCCCCGGGGGCCUGGACAUGAUGAUCCCGUCUGUGUGUCUCCAGGUCCCCCCUCCCAACCCCCUCAGCAUCAACCUGGCCAACAAGAACGAGCAGUACUAUGAGGCCAUCAUGGGUAUCUGGAACCAGCUGUACAUCAACAUCAAGAGCUUAAUCUCCUGGCAGUACUGCGUAAAAGACAUCAACCGCAUCAACUCGCUCACCAUCUCCAUGCUGGCUAAGAUGCGGCCGGAGGAGUACAGGAACAUCAUCAAGAGCCUGGAGACCCACUACCAGGAGUUCCAGCGGAACUCCCUCGGCUCGGAGAUGUUCGUCGACGACGACAAGAGGAAGGUGGAGGCGCAGUACAGCGGCGCCCAGACCCACUACGACAAGCUGAUCAUACAGCUGCCAACGUACAUCGCCCAAACCCAAAAAGUGGAGACUGCGAAGGAUAUUGAGGUGAAGGUGAACAACGUCCAGCCUGUUAAGACUGCGCCUCCUCAGAGCUCCUCCCAGAUCUCCUCCCAGACCUCCUCCCAGACCUCCUCCCAGAGCCUGACUCUGCUGUCUGAGCUGCACGCCCUGAGGCAGAGGCUGGAGCAGGCCGAAUCGGGCCUCACCCGCUACCUCCACCUGCCCCUGGGGGAGAACAGCGUCCAGGAGUGCACUCAGAACCUUGUUCUGCUGGAGGUGAUCCAUCAGGACAUAGACGUGAUCCGGGACGAGUACCUGAGGCUGAAGGAAAGGAUUCUGAGGCAGCUGGAGGGCAUGACGGACGCCGACAAGGCCAAGUUCCUGCGGUCAGAGCUGACGCUCAUCAACCAGAAGCUGGGCAGCCUGGAAGGAUCCGCCUCCAUAUACAUACAGAGAUUGAAAGCACUGCAGGCGCUGAUGCAGAGCCUGCUGCAGGCAGAGGACAUCAUCAAGGUGCACGAGGCGCGGCUGACGGAGAAGGAGACGUCCUCUCUGGACCUGCGGGAGGUGGAGGACUACCGCGCCACUCUGAAGCAAAUGAAGACAGAGCUGGAUCAGAAGAGGGACGUCCUGAAGAAGAUGGAGUUGGAGCUGGGCAACGCCGUGCGCCUGAACGACAAGAUCGACCAGUCCCUCCACAAGUGCGACGUGGACCUGUCCCGCUACGCCGAGCUGGUGAACCAGAUGAGCGACCGCUGGCGUCGCAUCCAGACCCAGAUCGACAGCAGGACGUGGGACUUGGAGAAGCAGCUGCAGCAGCUGAAACACUACAAGCAGACGAGCUCCCUGCUCAGCAACUGGAUCGAGGACGCCCGGCAACGCCAGGGAGCCCUGCAGGCCGGCAAGUUCAGCGACAUCAAGGUCCUCACCGAGCACAUCAACCAGCAGAAGAUGCUCCACUCUGAAAUCAAAGGGAAGAAGGACAAAGUCGAAGAUGUCCAGAGGGAUGCAGACACCUGUGCGGCCUCCAUCAAGGACUACGAGCUGCAGCUGGCCUCCUACAGCGCGGGCCUGGAGACCCUGCUCAACAUCCCCAUCAAGAGAACCAUGCUGCAGUCUCCAGCCACUGUCAUCAGGCAAGAGGCCGCUGACCUUCAGUCGCAGUACAUCGAGCUGCUCACCCGCUCCGGUGACUACUACAAGUUCCUGGGAGAGAUGCUGAAAAACAUGGAGGAGCUGAAGAUCAGGAACACCAAGAUCGACGUUUUGGAAGAAGAGCUGAGGCGGCUGAAAGAGGAGGCCCUGGAGCGGUCGCAGAGGAACCGGUCUCUGGAGGACACCCUGGGCCAGUACAAACUGGAGCUCUCCCAGUCCAGGCAGCAGCUGCUGUCCAUGGAAGAGGUCAAGCAGACCCAGGCCAUGCAGGUCAGCGCCGCCAAGGAGAACCUGGACAGCACCUACGGCCAGGUGAAGGACCUCAACGAGCAGGUGCUCCGCCUCACCUACCAGAUCGAGGAGGAGAAGAGGAAGAGGAGGCUGGCGGAGGAGAGGUACACCAGUCAGAGGGAUGAGUAUGAGAGCAUCGUCAGGAAGAGGCAGAAGGAGCUGGACGAGCUCAACCGCUCCAAGCUGGAUAUCGAGAUGACGAUCAAGGACAAGGAGCGGGACGUGGAGAGGCUGAGGAUGCAGCUGGAGGACGAGACCUCGCGGAGGCAGUCCUCCGAGGCCGAGCUCUCAAAGGUAAGGAACCAGUGUAAUCAGGAGAUCAGUAACAUUAAGAAAACGUACGAGUCCGAGAUCCACGUCACGAAGACCAGCAUCACAAAGCUGGCCCAGCAGAAGGACGAGGACACGGGCAACCUGAGGAUGCAGUGCGAGAGGCUCACGGGUGAGAAGAGGGACUUAGAGGAGGAGCUGAGGAGACUGAGACUCUCCAUCGGCCAGGCGGAGGAACUGAGGAAGAAGGCCGAGCAGGAGGUCCACCAGCAGAGGUCCACGGGGACCGAGGAGUCCAGGAGAAGGAGGGAGCUGGAGAUCCAGAUCCACACGAUCACCAAGCAGAGGGCGGAGGAUGACUUGAGGCACAAGGAGGCAUUGGCGGAGGCCACUAAAGCCAUCCAGGACAAGAACAGGGAGAUCACCCUGCUGACCCAGAACCUGGCGGAGGAGAGCAGGAGGAGGAAAGCCCUGGAGGCGGAGAACGGCAGCCUCAGGCAGGCCCAGAGUGACCUGCAGGCGAAGAACGCCUCGUCCGUGGAGGUCAUCAGCAGGCUGAAGGUGACGGAGCAGGAGAUCGGCCUGGUCAGGGUGGACCUGGAGAGGCAGACGAGCGAACGGGAAAAGGCCGAGCAGAGCGCCAUCAGGUUGCAGGGCCGGAUCAAGGACCUCCAGCGGCUGGUGGACGAGCUGGAGGCUGAGGUGGAUAAGCAGAAAAAGGCGGCACUGGACGAGAUCGCGAGAAGGAAGAUGGUGGAGGCGGAGCUGGAGAGAACGAGCCAGACCUGCACGGAGUACACGACCACCAUCACCAUGCUCAGGAAGCAGCAGGACGAGGCGUCCACCGCGGGCCGCAGGAGUGAUCAAGAGCUCCGAAGCCUCCAGGAGGCCCUCGACAAAAGCCUGCGGGACCACAAGGCCACCACGGAGAAGCUCAACAAGCUGACGGCCGAGCUGAAGGCUCUGCAGGGCCAGCUCCUGCAGGAGCAGGCCCGGGUGAAGGAGGCCAACCUCCGCAACGAGACCCUCUACAAGACCAUCGAGGAGAAGAGCAGGGUUCUGAACGACAACGCCACCGAGAUUGAGAAGCUGCAGAGCCUCACGCAGAAGCUGACCAAGGAGCGUCUGAGGCUGGAAGAGGAGCUGAGGGCCAUCAAGCAGGAACGGGACGAGCUGAAGAAGAACAAGGACAGUGCCGACAGCCAGACCAUCUCCCAGAUAUCCACCCUCCAGUUGCAGCUGCAGACCGCCAACAAGAGAGCCCUCGAGCACCAGGCGCACAUUAACGAGCUCUCCAAGGAAAGGGAAAAGCUGAAAACGGAAAUCGAAAAAAUCCUAAAGGAAGGCGCUGAGACAUCUGGCAUGUUGCACCAAUCCCAGACCCACUACAACGAGGUCCUGCAAGAGAAGGACAGCCUCUUGCUCCGGAUCAAAAUGAUGGAGCAGGACAAGAGCAGAAUGCAGAAGAGUGAGGACGAGCUGGCCCGCAUCAAGGUCUCGCUGGAGUCCGAGCUGCGUCAGAAGCAGCGGCUGCAGGAGGAGGCCGAGAAGAUCAGGAGGGAGCUCAACCUGUUGAAGUCCCAGUACGAGCUCAAGGAAGGUCUCCUGAGGCAGCAGGACUCGGACAGAGACAAAGCCGAAAGGGAGAGGAAUUCGCUGAAGAGCGAGAUUGAGAGGCUGAUGUCGGAGCUGAGGAGCGUGGAGGACCGGUACAAGACCCGGCUGCUGAGCUGCGAGAGGGAGGUGUCCGACCUGAUGUCGACCCGGGAAGCCCUAGAGAGGGAGCUUUUAAAACUCCGACAGCGGCCGGAGGCCUUUCAUCGGCAAACGCAGACCGACGAGGGCGGGGACACAGUGGACGCUGCCCUGCUUGUCUUCGAUGGCGUCCACCGCAAAGUAUCCGCCCAUCAGCUGUGCGAUUGUGGGAUCAUCGACAAGGCCACUCUCAGCCGGCUACUCAAGGGCCAGAAGACCGUAGAGGAGGUGGCCGUCGACAUCCAGCUCAAUCUGAAAGGCACCAGCGUGAUCGCUGGAGUGGCAAGCGGUCCUCAGGGCAAGAUGCCCAUCACCGAGGCUAAGAGCAAGAACCUGCUCUCGCCAGAGAGUGCCAUUAUGCUCCUGGAAGCUCAGGUUGCCACGGGACACAUCAUCGAUCCCAAAUUCAACGACAGGAUGUCGGUGGACGCGGCCUGCUCCAGAGGCCUUGUGGACACCCAGGACAGGGACAAGCUGAUGACAGCCGAAGCUGCCAGUACAGGCUUUAAGGAUCCACACACGGGCAAGCUCCUGUCUGCAGGACAGGCUCUGAAGAAGGGCUGGAUUGACAGGGAGACCACGCUACGCCUGCUCCAGGCACAAGAGUCCGCUGGAGGCAUCCUGGACCCGGUGCUGAGCGUUUUCCUCCCGAAAGAUGUGGCUCUCGACCGCAAGCUGAUCGACGAGGAUCUCUACAGGGCUCUGAACAAGAGACCGGCCUGCUACAUAGACCCCUCCACUCAGCAGAACGCCUGCUACAGCGACCUGAAGAUGAAGUGCAGAGUGGAGCCGGCCUCUGGCCUGCUCCUCCUCCCCGCCCCAGAGAAACCGAUGACCGUGCCAGGUCUCCGAGGGGAAGUUCCCAUUAGUGCACUUGUCGAUUCUAAGCUCUUGUCUCCCUCAGAUGUGGAGAAAAUAAACCAAGGCACUCUGACGAGCAAGGACAUCGAGGACAAGCUGAAGAUAUACCUGCACGGCUCCAGUUGCAUCGCAGGCGUCUAUGACGAGAAGAACAACAGGACCCUGCCUAUCUACCAGGCUAUGAAAGAGGGCCUCCUCAGGCCCGGCACCACCCUGGAGCUCCUGGAGGCUCAGGCAGCCUCUGGUUUCAUGAUCGACCCAGUCAACAACCUGUGUCUGACAGUGGAGGAGGCUUGGAAGAGGGGCCUCGUGGGAAAAGAGUACAAAUCGAAGCUCCUGUCUGCAGAGAGAGCCGUCACCGGCUACAAAGACCCGCGCACCGGCAAAAUCAUCUCGCUUUUCCAGGCCAUCGCGAAAGGCGUGAUCGAGAAAGGGCACGGGAUCAGGCUGCUGGAAGCCCAGAUUGCCAGUGGCGGCAUCAUCGACCCCAAAGAGAGCCACCGCAUCGAUGUGGAAGUCGCGUACCAGAGAGGGUACUUUGACAAAGAAAUGAACGAGAUCUUGACGUACGAAGGCGACGACACCAAGGGGUUCUUCGAUCCCAACACCCAGGAAAACCUCACCUACCUGCAGCUGAAAGACAGGUGCAUCAAAGAUGAAAGUACCGGGCUGGUCCUGCUGCCCCUGUGGGACAAGAGCAAGCCGAGAGCAAUGCAGCAGACCUCGCAGAAGAACACCCUUCGCAAGCGGAGGGUGGUGAUCGUCGACCCCGACACGGGGAAGGAGAUGACGGUGCGGGAGGCCUACCACAGGGAGCUGAUCGACUACGACACCUUCCUGGAGCUGUCGGAGCAAGAAUGCGAGUGGGAGGAGAUCACCAUCACAGCGUCGGACGGCACCACCCGAGUGGUCAUAGUGGACAGAAAGACAGGCCGGCAGUUUGACAUCCAAGACGCCUUGAAUAAGGGCAUCAUCGAACAGAGCACCCUGGAGCGGUACCAGUUGGGGGCUAUCACCCUCACAGAAUUUGCAGACCAGAUCCUCAGCAAGACCACCACUGGGCUGUCCUUAACAUCCACCAACGCGGAGGACGUGGCCACCUGCAGCAGCCCGACGCAGAUGGCGCCAUCAUCACCAACCGCCAGGAGGCGCUUCGCCAGCGUGUCCAUAACCCUCUCGCCGCCGUCCGCGGUGCUGGAUGACCAAAGCCCCAUCGCGGCCGUCUUCGAUACGGAGACCAUUGAGAAAAUAACCAUUCCUGAAGCUCUGCGGCGUGGGAUCAUGGACACCAUCACCGCCCAGCGUCUGUUGGAAGCUCAGGUCUGCACCGGGGGCAUCAUCAACCCGGCCAAUGGAGAGAGGCUGUUUCUGCAAGACGCCGUCCACCAGAGCAUCAUAGACGAGGACAUGGCCAACAAGCUGAAGCCGGCUCAGAAAGCGUACCUGGGGUUUGAGGACGUGAAGACCAAGAGGAAGAUGUCGGCAGCGGAAGCUAUGAAGGAGAAGUGGUUGCCCUACGAUGCCGGGCAGAGGUUCUUGGAGUUUCAGUACCUCACGGGUGGCCUGAUAGAGCCCGAAACGGGGAGGAAGGUGUCCAUCGAAGAAGCCAUCAGUAGAGGGUGGCUGGACGGGAGAGGGGCUCGGAAACUCCAGGACACCCGCAACUACGCCAAGAACCUGACCUGCCCCAAGACCAAGCUGAAGAUCUCCUACAAGGAGGCCUUGGACAACUGCAUGGUGGAGGAGAACAACGGGAUGAAGAUGAUCCAGGCGACAUCCAUCUCCUCCAAGGGAAUCAGCAGCCCCUACAACGUCUCCAACCCCGGGUCUCGCUCCGGCUCGCGGGCUGGGUCUCGCACCGGGUCCAGGAGCGGGUCCCGGCGGGGCAGUGUGGACCUCACCUCCAGCUUCAGCUACAGUUUCUCUUCCACAGGCUUCAGCUCCAGGUCUUCCUCUUAAAAUUCCCAAAGAGGAGGAGCAUACCUAGGUACUAUUUUUCUUUUGUCUUUGUGUCAGCACUGAAGAACAGAUACACUUAAAAGGGAAUCUCAGACAUUUACAUUUAUUCAUUUGGCAGAUGCUCUUAUCCAAAGUGAUUUACAAGUAAUGGCAGAG